AUGCGUCUAGAGGAGGGGAGGGCUGUGGAAGCCAUCGGGGUCUGUCCAGCUGGCCUGAAGUGCUUUGCUCUCCAGUGGCUGGCCGCAGAGUGGGCAGCCCCCGCCAGCCCUGUCCUUCCAGCCACCCUGAUGCUUAGUGAGAUGAUCAUGGUGGCACCUGGACCUUUGACCCCACCCCAGUAUCUCUCUCAGGCAGUGGGACCCCAGGAGGACCACACCCUGGCUUCGGCUCUGGCUGCCAAGCCUGCUGUCCUUCCUGUUUGUGCUGCCAGGCUGGCUGGGGCCCUUGCCACCGGCCUCGCCCACACCCACAGUCAGCUCCCUUCCUGGGUGGAUUCACAGGAGCCUCCACCCCCUGCCUUGGGUUUGCUCCUCCUUGAGGGCCUGCUCAGGUGGGCCACCAUGAGGCCCCACUGUGGGAACCUGCUGCUGGGAAAUGGGGCUCAGAGGUUUGGCCCAGAAAUGGGUCAGAACGAAAGGCUCUCAGAGGAAAGAGAAGGGGGCAAGAGACAUGAGUCAAAGGGAAAGUCAGGGGCCCCAUCCUGCCAUCUCACUCACUGGGUGCUUGAGGGCACAGGUGGCACCUAA